AUGACUUCACCUUUCAGAGCUUUUAUGGCCGCUCUUUUGGUCUCUGAAGAGCUCUGUACUGAAAUAGAUUGCGUUAUUUGUCUGUGCAAGAUCAGAAGGGCAAAAGAGACUGCUCCUUUGAGAUGCAGGCAUGCGUUUCACAAGCAAUGCUUGGAUGGAUGGAUGAAGAAGAGCAAGAGGACGACUUGUCCUCUUUGUAGAGAUAACUUGAUCGUCGGCGGUUCGUCGGAGACGAAGAACGAUGAAGGAGAAGAUGGAGGGCUAAUUCGAAGCCAUAAUAUUAUUAUUAUUUCUCCAUUUAUUCGCGGCGGUCGCGGCCAAGCGGAGGUCCAGCGGCAGUCGGCGGCCGAGCAGUGGUCCGACAAAGGUCAGGCUGAAGUUCAGCGGCGGUCAUUGACCGGGCGAAGGUCCGGCGGCGAUCGUUGA